GGUAUCACAAGCGCGUUGGAGCAGUCAUCGAUUGACAUCAGCGCUCAGAUGCAGACCACGCGUUGAACUCAAGCUGCAACCUUAAGUGAACGAGCAAACAAGAACUGCCGAUUAGGCAACUCCUAAGUGAAUGGAGCGGCGGGAGUGCGCGUCUUGCCGAGAGCCCCUUCCGACGUUUGAAGCAUUUGUGACGGAAAAGUGCAGUUGCGCGCUUCCUCGCACGUUUGUUCCAAAAACAUCAACACACACACCCGCCGCCAAACGCGGUCACUCACCGAUGAAGCACCGCGACAUCAUUGAUCGCGGCUUGAGAAGAGUCUGCAGUGCUCUGUCGCUCUCCACCAGCGUCAAGCCUCGCACUGCGCGUUCACUGGACAGCAGUGCUUUGUCCCUCGACACCGGCUUCGUCCACGUCGGCGCCGACAUCGAGUCGUCGCCAACAACCACCAUGGGUAAGUCAAACAAGUUCGACUACUCGAACAGACCAAACAGCGGCGAGAAGUUGGGCGGCAUUAUUGGCAGAGAUGUGGAAAAGGAGGUGGACAAGGUAGUCAAAGAUGUAGAGAAGCAGGUGGUGAAGGCGCGCAAGUCCAGCAUUGGAAGCAAUGUCAGUAGCCUGAACUACAGCGCGAUCAGCGAGGAUGUGGUGCACUACCUGGAUAUCAAGGCUCCGGCGAAGCAACUUGGCGAUGAAGGCGCUUGCGCGAUGGCCACGCGGAUGGCGACCGCUCUGACCAAACAGGUCACUGGCGCAUCGGUUCUGCUGGAAGAUCUGAACAUCAGUGACAACGGCAUCACUACAACCACGCUGGCGCAGCUCGCACCGGUCAUCAAGGCCGCUCACUUGACCCUCAAGACCCUCAAUCUUUCCAACAACAACAUCCGAGUGGAGACCGACCAACAAGCCGACGAAUGGGAGCUGUUUCUUCGAUCUUUCAAGGAUUGUUUCAAGCUCAGACGUCUUGAUCUCUCUGGCAAUGUCGAUCUGGGCGCACGAGCAAUGGAGAUCUUGGCGAAAGUGCAUUGCCAUGAGCCACGUAUCGAUCCAGUGCUGGUUGGUGGCGGCGCUUCUGUCCGCUCCCUUAACAUGGAAGAGGAUCACGAGACAGCUGGGACGCCGACUAGUGCGGCUUUCAGCGAUGCUAUGGCAAAAGGCGGAUUCGUGAAGCGCAGAUGCGGAUUGCGUGGUAUCCCAUACAUCACCCUGACCAAUGUCGGUCUCACGGAUGCUGGCGCCUUGUGGCUGUCCUACGUGCUCGAGGAUCAUUACUACCCGAUUCAGCUUAUUGAUGCAGUCAACGCUGCGCCCGCAAGCUCUGGCAUUCGAACUUAUGCUCAGGACUCUGCCUCUACUGGGCUCGACUGGGACGCACAGGAGACCGCGCUGGGCAAAGAUGGUCUGCUCUUGCUGAAGAAGACCGAGAUCUUUCGUAAACAGGUGAUGCUCGACGACGGUAGUACGCUGGAUUACUCUCCUGAAGACAGCAAGUCAGUCUUGCGUGCAAGCGCAGGUCAUCGUCGAGCAAGUGUGCGUUCUAACACGGCUGCGGAUGAAGGCGAGCACGGCUUUUCGGAGAUCGAGAGUCUGCGCAUGAAACUUCAGCGCCACAUCAUAGCCAACUCUGGUGUCUCCCAAGUGGAGCUGUGGCGCGCUGGUCUGCGCAUCAUUUCUUCAUCGACGGUGCUCAACCGCUACAGAAUCCAUCAAGGCACGUACUACAAACUGCACACAGGUUGCAAGACCUCGAACUCCGGACCAUCGCAGCUCAAUGACGAACACGAACCGCCGCAUUCAUCGCGCAAUGGCAAUCACGGUGCCCGUCAAGGCACAUAUGCACAGACACUCACUGUUAACACAGGCGCAACGCCUGGUGAGCCGGAGUUCGCAAUCACCGACGUCACCAACAUCCCGACCACCCCGAAAAUGAUCUUCAAGCCACAUCGCAAGGGCGCUUUUAGUGAAGGCAGCGACUUGCCGGCCGUGACUCAGAAGAUGGACGGUCUCGUGGUGCGCGAUGACAAUCCGGAGCGUUUUGUGCGCUGGCAGGAGGACAUGAUUGAGAGAAAGGGAGGCAUGAUGGCUUUCCGCGAUUCGACUGUUCCAACCCAGCUGCCACAGUAUGUGUUUGAGUUGAUCGUGGCCAGUACCGUCAACAAGCAUGCGCUUGGCCUCUUCACGCAAGAGCAGUUCCGCGCUGCGUGUGCCUGGAGUCGUGAUCGCUCCACAUUGAAGAUGAGAGAGUCGUGGGAGAGGUUGGCAAACAGCUCUCGGGUGCUGUCACUGCUGGAGCACAGUGGGUGCGUGGCUUACCAGGCAGACUAGGACUGUGCUGGCACGGAGCGAUGCGUUCCCACAAGUCAGCAGAAAUCACAUGAGCAAGGGGACAAGAGAGGCAUUGGUGUGCAUACAGCUCACGCUGCGCGCUUCCAUUCGAAGACCGCAUGAGAAGCGCAGCAAGUGGGAAAUGGUAAAAGCGCACAAAAAACUUGCAGCUCGAGAGGCACGGUGACAGUCGCAAGGACACAUGCCUGUGCCAUCAAGAGUAGAUGCAAAUGAGGACGUUCAACCAUUGACAUAGCUGCUCAUUUCACUACUGUAGCAUGCUAUAACGAAUGGCUUGAAGAUUCCCACCAAAGGUAUUACGCGUGUUUCCGUCCUGAAAUUGAGCAGUUGCAUCGUGCCAGAGACCAGGGCGAGAAAAAACUACAAGCCCGCCACGUGUGGCACGCGUGCUCAUGACCGAUACCAUCACAACGGAACGACCAACGAUAGGCUGUCACGCGGAUUGUCACCAAGGACUGCUUGCUAUUGCCUACAGCCGGAAGCAGAACGAUGCUCCCGUGUCAACGAGCCGCGCUGAUGUCCAGGACUUUCCCCGCCUGCUGGACUGAUCUGGAACAAU